CUCCAGCACUGAGAGAAGCACAGUACUGUCUGGAGGUUAACACAGUGGAAAAUGGCUCUCACACUGAAAGUUUUUAUGCCCAAGUGGCCCCUGCUUGAAGAUCACUGCAAUAGAAUAUUGUAGGGCAUCAUAUCAAAUUGGUUGGGGAUGGGCAUGGGGGGCUUAGCUGAAAUGAAGAAGCCAGCUCCCUUCUGUCUUCUACAUGGAAAUCAGCUACCUUCUGGGCAGCCACAGAAACAAUGGAAUCACCCCACAAUCUCCAGGACCUGAAGUUACAUCUGCAAACCACAGACUACGGAAACUUUCUAGCUAAUGAAACUGGCCCCCUCACAGUUUCCACCAUUGAUGACAAACUAAAAGCCAAACUCCUUGCAGAAUUUCAGUAUUUUAGAAACCACGCCUUUGAACCACUUUCCACAUUCCUAAACUAUAUUACAUACAGCUACAUGAUUGACAAUGUGAUUCUGCUCAUUACUGGCACGUUGCGUCAGCGACCCAUAGAGGAAAUGGUUCUUAAGUGCCAUCCUUUGGGCAACUUUGAGCAAAUGGAAGCUGUCAGCAUUGCUCCCAACCCCGCAGAGUUAUUCAAUGCAAUCUUAGUGGACACGCCAUUAGCUGACUUCUUUCAAGACUGCAUAUCUGAAAAUGACCUUGAUGAAAUGAAUAUUGAGAUUAUGCGCAACAAGCUAUACAAGUCUUAUCUUGAGGCAUUCCAUACAUUCUGCAGAAAUCAAGGUGGUACAACAGCAGAGACAAUGUGCCCUCUUUUAGAGUUUGAAGCGGACAGACGUGCCUUUAUAAUCACCAUUAAUUCAUUUGGCACUGAACUAAGUAAAGAAGACCGACAGAAGCUGUAUCCAACAUGUGGGAAGCUGUAUCCAGAAGGCUUAAAUAUGCUUGCCAAUGCAGAGGAUUACGAGCAAGUGAAGGGCGUGGCAGAGUACUAUGCUGAAUACAGGGCUUGCUUUGAAGGGCUAGGAGGCAGCACAGGAGAAAGAACAUUAGAAGAUGCAUUUUUUGAACUUGAGGUGAAAAUGAAUGUGUUGGCAUUCAAUAACCAGUUCCAUUUUGGAGUCUUCUACGCCUAUGUAAAGUUGAAGGAACAAGAAAGCAGAAAUGUUGUAUGGAUUGCUGAAUGUAUCGCCCAAAGACACAGGACAAAAAUUAACAACUACAUCCCUAUUUUCUGAACUCGAUGUUAAAGCCGUAUGUUAGCAGUAGCAUCUAUUUCAUACAAUGAGUUCUUUAUUAAAUUCCUCGUGAUGCGCAUUAAAACUGGUCAGUUUGCACAUUGCAGCCACAAAGGAGAGUCUGUUUUAUAUUGAUCUAUGUCAGGGCUGCACAACUUUGGUUCUCCAGCUGUUGUUGAAAGACUUCCAUCAUCCUCAGCCACAAUGGCCAAUAAUGGGAGUUGUAGUCCCACAAUAACAGGAGGGCCAAAGUUGUGCAGCCCUGACAGAAGCAUAGGAAGCCACUGCUGGCAUGGGUGAAACCCGCCAGCAGCAGCCCCAGUUGCCCUAGCCACACACCCUGUGUCUGGAAUCAGACGUACAAGGCGUGGCCAUAUGUGGAAACGGGGCCAUGUGGUCCCAUUUGCAAGGCACUUCAGCCAGCGCUCAGUUUCCAGCAUGCCUGGGUUUCCAGCAUGCCUGCCUCAAAAGGCAGAGAGAUGUGUCCCUAGUCAGGCUGGGAACCCAGCACUGGCUGACACAUCUCACAAAUGGGGCCAUGCAGUUCGGCCUGCACUAGGUUCUGUGCCAGGCUGGAAGCGGAUGUCUCUGCCUUUCAAGGCAGGGAAAGGUGCUCCCAGGCAUGCGGAAAACCCAGUGCAGGCUGAAGUGCCUUGUGAAUGAGAGUGGGCAGCCCUGUUUCUGCAUAUGGCUACGCCUACUGUGUCUGACAUCAGACUCAGGGGGUGGACUGGGCAGCUCCACAGGGAGUGGUGGCUGGGUUCUCUGUCCACACAAUGGUGCCUCCACCCCUGAGCCUUGAUCUAUAUAGUGACUCUUACCAUGUGGCUAGCUGUUCAUGUGAAGUGGCUCACCCAUCAAUAUCUGGAGGAAGCUGUCUGGGAAAGUUCUACAAAGUUGCUCCUUGUGAGGAACCCUGAAAUUCCUCUUCAGAUUUCAUUUUGGAGAAAUUUUGGUUCCAACAUUCCUUGUGAAUUAGACCAUCUUCAGAAACUGUCAAAUUUUCUUCCAAAAAAUUGCAGGACUCCUGUUAUGCUCAUAAUGAACAUGUGUUAGGAUCUGCUCUGUGGGGCAAGUUUAUGCCAACUUGCGAUGGCUCUAUUGUGCAAACUAGAUUUAUGACCACCUUUAUGUACAGCAUGUGACUAUAAAUCAAAAGUGAAAUCGUAGGGAGAUAUGAUAUUUGAUGGAAUCAUUCUAUUAUUAGCUUUCAUUUUUGGACAAACAGCCUACUUGGACAAGAUAAUACUUAUUUUAACUUUCUUAGUUUAUUUGGUAUCUUGUAUAGAAAAUGGCCUCAGUCCACCUAUCCUUUUUCGUAGAUUUAGGCAAAGAUCUCUUCCAACUCUCCUCAAUAGCUUUCCAUGCUGUCAGUUGGAACAAUAAUGAUCACCUGAUGUAGAAGGGAAGGAGUGCUUGGAUUCACAUGUUGGCUCCCACAUGUUAGUGGUCAGUCUGUGUUUGUGGAUGUGAACCCAAUCCCACAUAUACAGUGUGCUGAAUGGGGGGAUUUUCUCCUCUGCAGUGCUCUUCUGCAUAUCAAAGGGUGGAAGUACCAAAAAGGUGAUCUGCAUACAUACUUGUUUUCAUGUAUUGCUGGAUCAGGGCAAAUAUAUAUGUGUCACUUGUACAAAAGCUGGAAUCUGGAAAAUCUUCCUAAUUAAUUCAGAAUUUUCCAGUCACUUCUAUCCAUAAAUAUGGUUAAGAUAUUUUCUUUAUGACUGGUCUAGAAAGGGUAAAUGGAGUUAUAAUUUGCAAAUAGAGAAGGAAUGUGAGCCUUCGAGGAAGAGAAAGCUCUCUUUUAAAGCUUUAGCAUUUCAUUUCAUUGAUUAAAGAACACUUCUCACAUAACAUAUGCAGGAUUUCAGUGAAAUGUCAGGACUCUUAUAAUACCAUACUUAUGAAUCAUAAAGGCCAACAAAAAAUUAAAAGAAUGAAAGCAGUUCUGCUACCUGGCAAUCACUUGUGCUUAAAAAUACAUUGUAAUAGGAGACUGAGGAAGUUCUUCCUUAAAACUGUUUUGGUGGGAGAUGUAACUUUGAAAAAUGCAGUAAGCUGGUGAAACACUGAAGCAAUUGUUUUCCAGAAAGUUGCUGUAACUCUGUUUGCUGCCUUUUACUCUAAGAUGUUCUCAAAUAAAGAAAAUUGUCCAAAAAAAAAAAGCAAUUAUAUGUAUGUGCAUGUUCAUUAGAAUGUGUAAUCAAACUUCCUUGCUUUAUUUUUAAUGUCUUGUUUAAUGAAGUAACUUCAGGUCCUGGCCUUUUCCAUGAAUACAAACUCUGGUUUGCUUCUACUGUAUAAGAGGGAAGGAAGAGGCUCAAGGUAUCUAUUUUUAACAUUUCCCGUACUGGUUUGCUAAGUAAUGUGAAGGAUUUACUUUAAUGACAUAAUAACGUUUUCAUAAAAUGAAACUGUAGCAAGGAGAAAAUGAAGUUUGACAACAUGAAUCAAAAGCUACAACUCAGCACAAAUAACCACAAUAGUCUUACAGUAUGUAUUAAACACUCAUAUAUGUUCUACCUGUAUAAGGAAAGGAAGUGUUGUGUCUCCAAUAUUUUAUAUUGGCUACAAAGGGAAUAAUGCUUCUUUU